AUGAAAAAGAUAUAUAUUGGGAAAACAGCACUCAAAGCCGGGAGAAAUGGUUGCAAGCAUCAGAAAAGAAGUUCUCUACAUGAUCACAAGGAUGAUCUUCGCAAGCGUCUGUCUUACACCACCCACAAACUAGAGAUGGUGGAGUCUGAGUUUGACUCCACCCGUCAGUACCUGGAGACGGAACUCCGUCGAGCCCAGGAAGAGUUGGAGAAAUUCACUGACAAACUACGCAGGAUCCAGAGCAGUUAUGCAGCUCAACAGAGGAUCAAUCAAGACCUGGAGGACAAGGUGCACAGGACGUCCCAGCACCAUGAGGAUGAGAAAAGAGCGCUGAGUCGAGAGAUUAUUGUCCUCAACAAUCACCUCAUGGAGGCCAAGAUCACCAUUGAAAAGCUCAGAGAGGACAAUGACCUGUACAGAAAGGACUGUAACCUGGCAGCACAGCUCCUACAGUGCUCCAAGUCACACCACAGAGCCCACAAGCUAUCUGAGCUGCCCAUUGACUUCCAGGAGCGGGUGAGCUCCCACAUGGAGAAGCAAGGCCGGGGUGUCACCAUGGCGCUGUGCCACUCGCCCUACUCCGACGCUGUGCCCACCGCCGUCAUUGCCAAGGUGCUAGAGAAGCCGGAGCCGGGCAGCAGCAUCCCCAACACCCGUUCACCCAGCCCCCAGCCAUUGGAGGAUGAGGGCCAUGACCAUAACUUUGUGCCCGCUAGCGCGGGCGGCGGCACCGAAAGCCUCCGGCGCCGCACAGCUUACCGCACAUCGGACCUGUACUGCAGCGACACAGCCCUCUACUGCCCCGAGCGCUGGCAGGAGCGCAGACAGAGCGUGGAUGUCCAUGCCCGCCCCAUGGGUCUCCUCCUCCAGUCCCAGAACUCCACAGACUCCAACCCCGAGGAGGAAGCCUUCCAUUCGGGUAACUUCUCCCAUCACGGGGCCCACUCUUUCCAUGGAGAGUUUGCUGCGGGCUCCUUGAGGGCCUCUAGCUCCUACUCCAGCUUCAGCCAGGCAUCGGAAGACGAGAAGGGCGGGGAAGGCUGCGGCGGUGGCCCCAGUAGCACCAUGUCCUCCUCCCACCAUGGGCUCUACAUGGACUGGCGGGAUGGAGGUUACGGCGAGCGAAAGAGCACCUCAUCCUAUGAGAAGGACAGCCCUCCUGGCCACAGUGUCUUCCCCAAAUCCCACAGCUUCCAGCACAUGGCAAUGCCACCUUCCCCCAGCCCUGCGAAAGGCGGCGGUGGCUCUUCACCGGCUUACGUAUGCACAGCAUCCUGCGGCUACAGUGAGCCAUACCACUCGCCGCUCAUCGCAUCGUCACACAGUGUGGGCUCAGCCCAGGGAGGAGGACCCCGGGGUGUGGAGCGCUCCGAUAGUCAGGCCAGCAUGGUCAGCAUGGGUGUCCCCACCGAGGAGGAACUGACUGGACGCUGGAGGCAGCUGAGCGUAGAGGACAUCAACUCGUACUCCUUCAACCGCAACCCUGGCCGUGUGUCUCCCUACAGCUUCUCCGAGCAGCACUUUGCCAUGGGCCCGGCCAAGAUUAAACUGGGGCCUCUCUACAGCAGCUUCCAUGAGGGGGACGACAACGUCUUCCUCCACAGCCAUGUGCUGGACCAGUGCUUGGCUGCUGCUGCCAGUGGUGGCCUCUCACCCAGCCCCAGUCCCAGUCCCAAACACCCCAGCCUGGGCCUGCGGGGCAAGCCGGACAAUCCCCCGCCCCUGUACAGAGCCACGGUAGACAGCCAGGACUCAGAGUGCAGCCUGCAGUUCCUCUCAGGGAGCCUUAAGGAUAAGGAGAGCGGGGCUGCUGGAGCGGCAGGGGGGAGCAUGAACAAGGAAUACGUGGGCGUGAGCCCCAACAGCUCAGCUGAGUCCUUACAUCACCAAAGCUCCCUGGAAGCCUCCAGUCUGCAGCACUGCCAGAGGGAGAGAAUGAGGCCCAGCCCGGCACUUCCCAAAAAGAGUUCUCAACAAUACCAAACAUUUGGAAGCACAGGAACAGGACUGAGCAGGAAGGACAGUCUGACCAAGGCCCAGCUGUACGGCACCCUCCUGAAUUGA